GUCUCAUUCAGUCUGCUGUGAGAAGGACCGACUGCACAUACGGAUCUCUGGAGCUCCACCGUGACGUCAAGCAGAGAGAUGAGCAGACAUGUGUUUUACCCUGGGAGAAUGGCUGUUUCAUUCCUUCCGCUGGCUUCUGGAGAAUGACAUUUGAUACACCAUCUACCUCAUCAGGAACCAGCAAAGAGAGGAAGCUGCAGGAGUGUUCAUGGCAGCGGGGCACAACAAGGACAGCCUCCUGUCCUUUCUCAACUAUUCCCUCAUGUUUGGAGGAAUCCAGUCUCUCCUCAACUAUGAGGAACACAAGCCAGUUGUGACAGCAGCAGCAUCGGAGGAUGACCAGCUGGUGGGUUUUGGGACUCGUGCCUACAGCACCUGGCGAGAGGUCUGGGAGAGCAGGGAGGACGGCUAUGCAUCCUUCAUCCUGAAGAAGAAGAACUGCACUGCAGGCACAAAGAUGCAUAAGCUACAACUCUACCUGAAGAAGAAGCUGCAGCCACCCACUGUCUCCCCUCUGAUGUCACACACCUCACCUGUGAUGUCACACGCCUCACAUGCUCCUGCUGAAGCCAUUGGUGAGUCUGGUGUCUUGUCAGGGAUCUACAUGCAAGUCAUACAAGCGCAAAUGCAUCACAGUGAUGGAUGAAGAUGAAGAGCUGGAGAGGAUGAUGCUGAGCAUCUCUCCUUCAAAGCAACAUGUGCAGAGCUCUGUUUCUGCAUCUUCGUCAUCCUCCUCAUCUGCCAGACGACGAGAAAGAGGUCUUUAACCCAGAGCACCGUGCCGCCGACCGACACAACUGGGACCAUGAGUUCCUCUCCCACAUGCAGCAGGACUCGUCUGGUGUCGGCCGUGUUCUGGUCCUGUUUGUCGUUUGGUGUUCCGCCUGUUGUCCUCGUGACGAUGAAUGGACUCCGGUCCUGAUGAGGCAGCCAGGCGUUCACCUCCCAGCCGUCUUUGAUCCUGCAUUGGUGGCCCAGCUCAACGCAGCCUCCGAACGGGUGUUGGGACAGAUGAAGUAUCCAGCAUUUCAUCUCUCGAGCACCGACACUGGAGAAAAGUUUGGCCUGCAGUACGUUGAGCCUGGUUGCCGCCCAGUUCCUGUGGACUGGGACAAGCACAGGACCAAGUCGGACUCUGCCCCCCCGGCCCUGAAUCCACCUCCUCAAAGCAGCGUGCCUACUGCCCAGUCAUCCUCACUCUUCAUGGCACCACAGAAGCUGUUCCAGUUUCCUCCACGCCCUCCUGUGGAUUCUGCUGCUGUCAAACCAGACGUGACUCCCGGGCCUCCGACAGAUCCAGAAACAUGUCGGCCGUCUCUGCCGCUGCUGUCCUCGCCGACUGCCGCUCGCACUGGACCUGUGAAGACAGGGGGGAGAGUGUUUGUGUUGGACCACAAGCGGUGGCCGGCCCCCAUGAAGGCAACUAUUGACAACCUGCUCAAUAAACACCGUGGCAUGAAGGACAUGCUCAAGCUAGUGGACCAGGACUAUGCUGCUCUAGUUCACAACUCUUGCACAGACCCAAACAACAUGCUCCACCCAACAACUAAACACCACAUCUUACUAUAUGUUAAACACCUCUGCAAAUUACUGAACACCAGCUCGUCUUUAAACACCAGCCCGAAAAACUGCAAGAGCGGCAGGAACUCUGGCACGCUCUGACAAAGGGCAGCGAGACGACCCGGGUGCCGGUUGUAACAAUGCCUGUUGCAGUCGUGAACCCACCUCCACCUAGUCAGACCCUCACAAAAGCCUCUAUUGAGCAAAUUGUGCAAAAUAUUAUUGAAAAGCAACAACAGCAUCAGCAGCAACAACAACAACCAGUGGCUUCAAAGAAGCAGACAAAACGUGCCUUUCCUGUGGUCAGCCAAAGUCCAGGUAUGAGAAUGAUGGUUACUCCAUCCACUUCUUCUACCAGCAGAUACUUUUACUGCUCCACUAAAGUUUUUAAAGCUUACGGUGCUGAGGGUCUGACAAACCCAAAAAUGCCAUUUAAUGACUUUGCAGGAACACAGUUCUUUCAGCAGGAACUGUCUGCCACAAAGAAAAGGGUGGAGGAGAGAGGCCAGCAGAAGAGGAAGAGAACUGAAUCCCAGCACAGAACCCCAGAACACUGGUCCAAGGUGUCGCUUUUGUGGGAUGGGACUGAAGCAGGGCCCAAACAGCCCUCACAUUCACACCGGGUUCCCGGGGGUAGCAGGGAAGUACAUUUAUUGUCCUGCCAAAGUAUUUUCCCUGUACAGAGACCAGGACAUGGAGAAGGAGAUGACGUGGAGAGAGUUCAAGGCAUCUGCCUUCUAUGAGACGGGAAAAACAGAUGGGCCGUUGACAAGAGCAAAUAAGAGAGAUGGGCAGUGUUUUGUCAUGUAUAUAUCUUUUCUUAUUUUAAUAAUUACAUUCUUUUAUGAUAUAAAUUAUAUUUGUUUUACUAUUUUUAUUGUUUGUGUGACCUUGCACUAUGGCCUGUGUGUUCAAUAUUUACUGUCCUUGUUGUGAAUAAAUAUAUUUCAUGGA